AGGGUAGAGGUUUCCAGCGUGGUGGAGGGCGAGGUGGUGGAGGUUUCAAACGCCACGGUAGUGAGAGUGAAAAUUUUCCUGUCGGAGAGGAACACAAACGACAUAGGGGAGGAGGCCGUGGAGGACGAGGAGGAUAUGGAAGGGGCCGAGGCGGAUACUAAUACAGUUGAGGCAGAUAUAAGCACUGUGGAUGCGGGUGUGUUGCCUUGCCUUCCAGCUAACUAUGUUAAUCUUUAAAUAUCAUUUACCAAGUUCGAGUCCAGUUUUGUUAAUUGUUUAUAUCAAAUUCAUUUUAUUAUUUCAGAUUGGUAAUGUUGAGAAAUAUCGGGAAAAGUGCAUAUUUUCGGAGUUUUCUCAACCAUGGAACAUACAGGAAGUUGCGCUUGAAUGCGGGAAUACUUCAAUGUCGACUAGAUGCAUCAACAUGUUCUCAAACAACACGCAGUACAUCAAACCCCUGUUCUACUCCUCUUAGCAAAUCUAUAUUUUCUGCCAGGAUACAGUACAGUUCGCUUAUUUACAAACAGGAUAUACGAAUGUUCUCUUCUGAUUCCAACAAUGAUGAUGCAAAUCCACUUUACGAUAUUUCAAGCACAGAGGAGCCGUUACUUCCUUUGCCAGCCACUCAAACUGUUCCCGAGGUCUGGCCGAUUCUGCCAAUUAUUGCAGUUAACCGUCAUCCUGUGUUUCCCAAGUUUAUCAAGAUUAUUGAGGUUACAGAGCCAAGGUUACUUAAGAUACUCCGUAGGAAGGUUAAGCUCAACCAGCCCUACUGUGGUAUAUUUGUCAAAAAGAAUGAUGAUAAUAGUUCUGAGGUAGUGGAUAGUUUAGAUGAUCUUUACCCAGUUGGAACCUUUGCUCAGAUUGUUGAACUACAGGAUUUGGGUUCUAAGGUUAGGAUGGUAAUGAUGGCUCAUCGUAGAAUUCAGCUGAAUUCUCAGGUUUUGGACGGGAACAAGGAGGAAGGGAAAGUGGAGAAGGAGAAGGAGGAGGAUGGGAUAGAAUUGGAGAAGGAGGUUAAAAAGGUGUUAAAUGAGCUGAAAGGGGAAACCAAACUGUUGAAUGAAGGUUCCCCACAGUCUCCUGAACCUGUUCUGAUUGGAGAAACUGAAAAUGUUGUUCAUCAUGAGUUUACAACUACAGAAGAGGUGAAAGCAAUGACACAAGAGGUAAUCAAGACCAUAAGAGAUAUCAUUUCACUAAAUCCUCUUUAUAGAGACUCUCUGCAGCAAAUGUUACAAUUUGGACAACGGGUUGUGGACAAUCCAGUUUAUUUGAGUGACCUUGGAGCUGCUCUAACUGGCGGAGAGACAGCUGAGUUAAUGGGAGUGUUGGAGGAACGUAAUAUACCUGCUCGUCUUAUGCUGGCUCUGAAAUUACUCAAAAAGGAGUAUGAGCUAAGUAAGCUGCAGCAAAAGAUUGGAAAGGAUGUGGAAGAGAAAGUUAAAACUGUUCAGAGAAAAUAUAUGCUUCAAGAACAGCUUAAGGUUAUAAAGAAGGAAUUGGGGAUGGAGAAGGAUGACACUGACACUAUUAUUGAAAAGUACAAUGCUAGACUGGAGAAGAUGACAGUACCUGAGAGUACUAAAACUGUGAUAGAUGAGGAAAUAAACAAACUGAGAUUCCUGGACAGUCAUUCAAGUGAAUUUUCUGUAACAAGAAACUAUCUUGAUUGGUUAACUCUUAUUCCAUGGGGAGUCUCAAGUGAAGAGAACCUGGAUCUAAAACAGGCAGCAGAAGUCCUAGACAAUGAUCAUUAUGGAUUAGAUGAUGUGAAGAAGCGUAUCUUAGAGUUUAUUGCUGUUAGUCAACUGAAGGGUUCAACCCAGGGGAAAAUUGUCUGCUUAGCUGGUCCACCUGGAGUUGGAAAAACCAGCAUUGCCAGGUCAAUUGCCAGGGCACUCAACAGGGAGUAUUUCAGGUUCUCCGUAGGAGGUCUGUCAGAUGUAGCUGAACUCAAGGGACAUAGAAGAACCUAUGUUGGUGCUAUGCCUGGAAAAGCAGUUCAGGCUUUGAAGAAAACCAAGACUGAGAAUCCUCUGAUCCUGAUUGAUGAAAUAGAUAAGAUGGGACGAGGAUGGCAAGGUGACCCCACCGCUGCUCUUCUGGAGAUGCUUGAUCCUGAGCAGAAUAACUCCUUUAUGGAUCAUUAUCUGGAUGUUCCGGUUGAUUUGUCAAAGGUUCUGUUUCUGUGCACCGCAAAUGUUUUAGACACUAUUCCUGAGCCGCUACGAGAUCGGAUGGAGAUAAUAAAUAUUUCUGGCUACGUGGCAGAGGAGAAGCUGGCUAUAGCACAAAAAUAUCUCAUUCCGCAGGUGGAGGAAUUAACGGGACUGAAUAGUUCUCAUUUAAUGAUCACAGAUCAGGGGCUUAACACGCUCAUCAAAUCCUACUGCAGGGAAUCUGGAGUCCGUAAUCUGCGAAAACAAAUUGAGAAGAUUUAUAGAAAAGUUGCUUUCAAGGUUGUGAAUGAUAAGGAAUCUGGAAUCUGUAUAGAUGAAACCUCUCUUGGUGAUUAUGUGGGUAAACCUGUGUUUUCUAGUGAGAAGAUGUAUGAUAGUACACCGUCUGGUGUGGCGCUGGGAUUAGCCUGGACCUCACAUGGUGGAUCUACACUGUACAUAGAGACACUUGGACAAAAGGGGAAGGAGCCUAGUCAAGGUGGAACUCUGGAGUUUACAGGAAACCUUGGGGAUGUUAUGAAGGAGAGUAUAAAGAUUGCUGGAACCUUUGCACGAGUUUUCCUAACUUCCAUAGACAAGGAGACCACAUACUUCGCGGAACACAAGUGCUACCUUCAUGUACCUGAAGGAGCAACUCCUAAGGAUGGUCCCAGCGCUGGUGUUACAAUAGUCACUGCACUAGUAUCCUUGGCUACUGGUAAACCUGUAAAAGCUGAUCUAGCAAUGACAGGGGAACUAAGUCUGAGGGGUAAAGUUCUUCCUGUAGGAGGGAUUAAAGAGAAGAUAAUUGCUGCCAAAAGAUCUGGAGUCACAACAAUCAUACUACCCAAGGAUAACAGAAAAGACUAUGAGGAGCUUCCGCAACUGAUCAGAGAUGAUGUUUCCAUACAUUUUGCAGAAGAAUACAAAGAUGUUUAUGAUAUUGCAUUCUCAGAUUCCACCAGCUAGAUACAAACUGGAUAAACAGCUCAACUACGGUGUAGUCCUCAAGAAUGAUCAAAUUUGACAUGUUCCUCCUGGAUAUUUUCAAUAUUCUUUGAUUGAUUUCAAAGUUUGGUUUUACCUAAGGUUGUUCUUGAAGUAUCACAAAUUUCUUGUGUUCAAGCAUUCUUUUUGAAAAAGAAAAAAGUAACUAACUUACUGUGAUUUUCUUGUUUACAUGCAUCUGUAUAGUAUACACGGUUAAAAUAAAAA